ACACUUAACUUUCUCAACAUCUUCUUUCACACACCGAUUCUCUUGCCCAAUGAUUUCCAAUUGUUUCCACCGCCUUCUACUACUUUCAUCUACUUUUUGCAUCGCUCAUUCGAAAAGUUGUCACCUUCGUCAUCAAAGUAAGGACGCAAAGGGACUGCGGUUCUUCAUUCCUCUGUGUUGUGUGUUAACGGGAACGAAAAAAAGGGAGGGCGGCCGCCGAUGCACCACCGGAGAAACCAGCGCCAUAGCCGGAGACUACCGGAAAAAACUUUGUACGGGUUACCGAUGUUUCCUUUUUGCUUGAGAACUAAAACCCCAAUACUGGCACAGUUGCUUGGUACCACUACCCAACAGCGUUGCAUCGGAUCAAUUAUAGCAGGUCAUUCAAUUUCCCGACAGGUGAAGGUGGCCCUUACUAUAUUUUUUUCGUGCUUACUAAAGGUUAAAGAUCCAGACAACUCAUCACAAACAGUCUAUGAAUCAUGGGUUCUACAAACUACCAAUUAUCCUAAGCUCCACCUCUUCUUUAGUACAAGUCAGAGAGAUGCAUAUGAUUCUUUAAUGUCUUGUGCUGAGUAA